CUUCGUCGGGUCGGUCGUCGUCCCUCGGUCCGGCCGUCGGGGGGCCAUGGGCGUCCCGUGGAACGGCAGCGCGGCCGGCACCUCGGAGCCGUCCGGGGCGGGCCCGGAGCGGUGGCCGUCGCUGCCCCCGUGCGACGCCUGGCGCUGCUCGGCCUUCCCGCUGGCGGCCCUGGUGCCGGUGACGGCCGUCUGCCUGGGCCUCUUCGCCGUGGGCGUGGGCGGCAACCUGCUGACGGUGCUGCUGCUCCGGCGCUCCCGGGGCCCGCCCACCACCACCGACCUCUACCUGGCCAGCGUGGCCGUGUCCGACCUGCUGGUCCUGCUCGGCCUGCCCUUCGACCUGUACCGCCUGUGGCGCUCCCGGCCCUGGGUCUUCGGCCCGCUGCUCUGCCGCCUGUCGCUCUACCUGGGCGAGGGCGGCACCUACGCCUCGCUGCUGCAUGUGGCGGCGCUCAGCGGGGAGCGCUACCUGGCCGUCUGCUUCCCGCUGCGGGCCCGCCUGCUCGUCACCCGCCGCCGCGUCAAGGCGCUCAUCGCGUUGCUGUGGGCCGUGGCGCUGCUCUCCGCCGGGCCCUUCUUCUUCCUCGUCGGCGUCGAGCAGGACGCGGGGCCCGGACCCCCGACCUCCUCGUCCUCCUCGUCCUCCUCGUCCUCCUCGUCCUCCCCCUCGGCCGCCCCGGCCUCGGCGCUCUUCAGCCGCGAGUGUCGCCCCAACGCUUCGCAGCUGGGCUGGCUGCGCACCAUGCUGUGGGUGACCACGGCCUACUUCUUCCUGCCCCUGCUCUGCCUCGGCGUCCUCUACGGUCUCAUCGGCCGCCGGCUGCGGAGGACGCCCCGCCCCGCCCACCGCCGCACCGUGCGCCUCCUCGUGGUGGUGGUUCUGGCUUUUGUAGUCUGCUGGUUGCCUUUCCAUGUUGGCAGGAUCAUUUAUAUAAACACAGAAGAUUCCAGGAUGAUGCACUUUUCCCAGUAUUUUAAUAUCGUCGCUUUGCAACUUUUCUAUCUGAGUGCAUCCAUCAACCCUAUCCUCUACAAUCUCAUUUCAAAGAAGUACAGAACAGCAGUCUACAAGCUUCUGCAGGCCAAAAAAUCUGGAGAGAGAGGUUUUUCGGUCACCAGAGACACUGGAGUGGAUACCGGCGGCUAUACUGAGACCACUUCCAGCAUGAAAAAUAGCUGUCUGACUAACUCUGCCGCUUUGCAAGUUAACAGUGGUGCACAAGCAAGACUGUGAACUCCUUGUGGGACCAGGACGUGGCCAACCGG